AUGUGGUCGAAAAUAAACAAACCUAACCUCACACAACCAUCUCAAACACCAAGAGACGCAUCAGGUAAUGUUCUCAAGCUAAUUGGACAGUGUAAAGCAGAGGUAAUGUUUAAAGAAAAGCUAAUAAUAGCAACACUUUUCGUGACAAGCCUCAACCAUUUGAAUAUUAUGGGUGCAGAUGUAAUGGACCAACUUGGUAUUUGGAGUUAUCCAAUCGAAUCAAUUUGCAACAACAUCAGUGUUUCGGAAGUGCAGGAAAUCAAAAAUAAAUUUCCGAAAGUUUUCGCCAUGCAGCCCGGACAUUGUUCUACUUUCAAAGUAAAUUUAAAAGUGAAGGUCGAUGCCAAACCAGUAUUUAAACCAAAACGACCGGUGGCUUAUGCAGCAGUCCAACAAGUAGAUGAUGAACUUCAACGACUGGAACAGGCCAAUAUCAUUACACCUGUAAAUUACUCCAGAUGGGCUGCACCUAUUGUUGUUGUUAAAAGGGCUAACGGGAAAGUUCGGUUAUGCGGUGAUUAUUCUACCGGUUUAAACGAAUGCAUGGAAAUACACACCUAUCCACUUCCAUUGCCUGAUGAUAUUUUUGUUAACUUCAACAACUGCAAAAUCUUCACAAGGAUAGAUUUAACUGACGCAUACAUGCAAAUUGAGGUAGACGAUUCUACAAAAGAGAUGCUCACCAUCAAUACACACAGAGGUCUUUUUACAUUCAACCGACUUGCACCUGGGGUCAAGUCCGCUCCUGGCGCGUUUCAACAGGCAAUUGAUACAAUUCUAUCUGGUGUUCAAUAUGCCUAUCCGUAUCUCGAUGACGUCAUCAUAGCAACGCCGUCAAUGGAACAAAAUAAAAAAGCAGUCUAUGAAGUGUUUUCACGUUUUGAAAG